CACUAUCAACAAUCCAGUAACUUGAUGCUGUUAAGGCCAAAUCAAGCAAAAGCUAUCGCAGUCAGCCAACACGGCGAAAAGUAGCAUAAAAUCAAAAUAAACUUCGUUAAAAAAAAUCUACAGAGAAGGGGCUCCACCGUUGGCUCAAUGGCACGUUCGACGUUCGUAUUCCAGGACAGACGGGGCUCGUGACAGCCCGAGGGCCUCGUCGUCGUCGUGUCCCGAGCAGGUCUCGAGCGAACUUGUCAGCUCGGUGCCAAACUUCGGCUCGCGGCGGCGGCUCUUCCGCGGGGCCCGGGGCGCCAAGCUCCGGCCCUGUGGAUGACGGGGUGAAUUCCCUUCCAUCCAGGAGGAAGGAAACUCUUUGAUGGGAGAAUCCUCUUUCCUCUUGGGUCAAACAUUGGGCCAUUAUGAUGGAUGAGCAGGAGGCGCUGCAGUCAAUCAUGCAGGACCUGGCAGUACUCCAUCGCUCCAGCCGUCCUGCCGGGUUCCUGUCAGAUCUAGGCAAACCCAAAGCUUCCUCCCCCAAGAACCUGAACGACGUUAGAGUGAAGUUCGAGUUUAAAGGAGAGAAGAGGAUUUUGCAAUUCUCCCGCCCCAUCAAGUUGGACGACCUGAGGGAAAAAGCAAAGGUGGCUUUCGGUCAGAUCAUGGACCUUCACUACAGCAACAACGAGCUGGUGAUUCCGCUUACUGUUCAGGAUGACCUGGAUAAGGCCGUGGAGCUACUAGAUCGAAGUGUUCACAUGAAGAGUCUGAAGAUCCUCUUGGUCUUACAGAUCUCCUCGCAGGACUCUUCCUGUAAUAUGGGCCUUCUGCCUUCGUGUGAAGAGUUGGACAACACAGGAUUCAGAGUCACAGACAAGAAGAACAUGCUUGCGUCAUUAGGGUCUCAUUCGACAGACCGUAGCUCUCCUCCACCUGGAUACAUUCCUGACGCACUCCAGCAAGUGGCAAGGAACGGCUCCUUCACGAGCAUUAACAGUGAAGGAGAGUUCAUUCCAGAGAGCAUGGACCAGAUGCUGGACCCCCUGAGCAUGAGCAGUCCAGAGAACUCUGCGUCUGGAAGUUGUCCUUCUUUAGACAGCCCAUUGGACAGUGAAUACCCCAAGUCAAGGAUGCCAAGAGCACAAAGUUACCCUGACAACCAUCAGGACUUUCCAGAGUACGACAUCCCAGUCUUCGACAAGUCAGGAAAAGGAGGCACGUAUCCUCGUCGAUACGGCGUUCCCUUCGGCCUGCAAGAUUACAGCGAUGGGAGGAAGACCUUCCCUCGCGCUCGGCGAACGCAGGCACACGGUCUACGGUCACCUGUCAGCUUCAGUCCCACUGAGCAAUCUCCCAGCACCAGUAGCGGCAGCAGCGUGUUCACCCCUGACCUGGAAGACUGCGCUGGGCCAGCGAGGCGGCCGAGAAGGGGAAGUGAUAUUGAGGCCAACCAGUCGAGCACCCCAAGCCUGUCAGUCAUGGACAUCAGCCCGCCCAGCCGUUCUCCACGAGCGCCGACCAACUGGCGGCUUGGGAAGCUACUCGGGCAAGGCGCCUUCGGACGGGUUUUCCUUUGCUACGAUGCAGAUACUGGACGGGAACUAGCCGUCAAACAGGUCCAGUUUGACCCAGAGAGUCCAGAGACGAGCAAGGAGGUAAGUGCGCUGGAGUGUGAAAUCCAGCUGUUGAAAAACCUUUGCCAUGAGCGCAUCGUCCAGUAUUAUGGUUGUCUGCGAGACUCCAUGGAGCGAACUCUCUCAAUCUUCAUGGAGUACAUGCCUGGAGGUUCCAUAAAGGACCAGGUGAAAUCCUACGGUGCACUGACGGAGAACGUGACACGACGUUACACCAGGCAGAUCCUUGAGGGGGUUUCCUACCUGCACAGCAACAUGAUCGUUCACAGGGAUAUCAAAGGGGCCAACAUCCUCCGAGACUCUGUAGGAAACGUCAAGCUGGGUGACUUUGGGGCCAGUCGGAGGCUGCAGACCAUUUGUCUGUCAGGGACGGGAAUCAAGUCUGUCACCGGCACGCCCUACUGGAUGAGCCCAGAAGUAAUCAGUGGUGAGGGCUACGGCAGAAAGGCUGACAUCUGGAGUGUCGGCUGCACCGUUGUUGAGAUGCUGACCCAGCGACCGCCCUGGGCGGAGUUUGAGGCCAUGGCGGCCAUCUUUAAGAUUGCCACUCAGCCCACCAAUCCCGUAUUACCUGGCCACGUGUCGGACCACUGCCGAGAGUUCCUCAAACGUAUCUUUGUGGAGACCAAGCAGCGUCCGUGUGCCGAUGAGCUGCUGAGGCACAUCUUUGUACAUUAACUUGCCGCCCUCCUACUAAUUUGACGGAGGUGGGCUUCCUUGCUGUAACCAUAUUGGACCAGGAAGAAGGUUGGCUGCUUCCAGGCCUUUGUAUAAAACUGCAGAAGACACAAGUCUUCUAUUUUUGCACCUUAAUUUCUCAAGUGAGGAGAAGUCAGUCCUCCCUUGUGAUGAUAUGAACUCUUGGUAAACAUCUCCGUUUUUUAACGCUUUCUCUUCAAACGUAUCCUGUUGUGCUGCGGGAUGGUGUCUUUGCUACGAACCCGACCCCAGAAUGUAGUUUCCCGCCUUUGAUAGCCAGGUCUUGCUGCUAAAAAACAAAACAAAAACAUGCAGACAACAACUUCCACUCACCUGCCUUCAUCUCGUUCUCUUUGUCGGUCGCCAUCUCGCUUUGUGCCUUUUUCGUUUCUCAACAUUGCCAGAAUGAGUUUGUUGUUAGUCUUAUUAUGACGUUCGCUCCUGGAGGAAACCAAAUCCUGGUAGCUCAUCAGCUAAUCGCUCAUUGCUGCAAGCACAACCAUGUCAGACGCUGUCAGUUUAAAAACAUAAGAAUAAAAUACCUUGAUUGAAA